GGUGGAGGGGCGGUCUCCAAGAGAGCGGGAACAGAAAACCGAAACCAAAACCUGCCCGCCAGCCCAGGCUCCCCCAGCUCUGGGCCCCGCCGGCAGCCGAAGGCGAGUUUCUCCUCCGCCAUGGCAUCAGUUUUGAAUGUUAAGGAAUCCAAAGCUUCUGAAAGAACAAUUGUAGUUGCUGGUCUUCCAGUUGGUCUUAAUGACCAGUUACUGACCACAUUAGUGAAGAUUCACUUUGAAGAUACUGACAAUGGGGGUGGAAUUGUUGAAGAUGUGACAUAUCCAACAAGAACUAAGGGAGCUGCAUAUGUAACAUUCAAAGAAAAAACAGUUGCAGAGAAUGUUGUCAGAAAAAAGAAGCACUGUCUAGCAGACAUGGUUGGAUAUGCUCAACUCACAGUCUCCCAUUUCAGUGAAAAGGUCUUCAGCUCUGUAAUGGCUGUCCUUGAUCUUUCUGUUUUUCGGAGUCAAAUCCGUCUAGAAAGUCUGGUAAUGGACCUGAAAAGGGAAAUCCCAACGUUAUGCUUAAGUCCUUUGGACGCCAAUGGAAGAAUCUCCGUUCAAGGAACAUUUCUGGCUAUCGAGAAGCUCAAAGAAUUUUUGCUAUUAAAAGCAAGUUUUCUUUUAGAAAAAAAUAGGAGUAGACAGAGCCCCAGGGGAAGUACACAGAGAAAUAGUCACUCUUUAAAGCCACGCAGGUCAUUGACACCUGAGACUACGAAAAAAGGAGAAAGUCUUGUUCUUGACACAGAUACUUUCCUUUACCUGAAAAAGAAGAGAAAAGUUUAUGAAAGCACACUGAGAAAAUUUCAUGUUCUGUGUCAAGAGACAGUGGAUGGUGAAGUUACCACACUUUGUAUAAAGAAUGCUCAAGGUGGUUCUCAGCCAAACAAUGAAAAACAGGUAAAAGAGUUCAUUGAGAAAUAUUCACAUGCUCUUCACUUUGAGCUUAGAAAGGAGACAUUUAUUUUAGAAGGAAAGGAAGAUAAAGAGAAAAAAAAUAUUAAGUUGGCAUGUGAGCAGCUAAGUUCGAGUUACCUUCAGGUUCUGGUUAAUUUCUAUAAGACACACAUUGAUGUUAUAGGACCUCCUUCUGACACAUACUUGUUUAAAAAAGACGUCAUGGAAUUCAUAAGGCAAAAAGUUAGGUAAUAAAAUCCUCAGCAGUAGUAACAAGAAGGGCUGACUGAUUCCUUCCCUUACUGAGCAGUGGUGAUGUCAUGCGUGAUGCCCGCAUUACACACAUUAUCUCAUUUAAUUUUUUUUUGGCAGUAUCGCACAGCUUAUGGGAUCUUAGUUCCCCAACCAGGGAUCAAACCUGGGCCCCCUGCAGUGGAAGCGCCGAGUCCUAACCACUGAAUUGCCAGGGAACUCCCUACCUCAUUUAAUUCUUGUGACCAUCUUUCGUCAUAGGCAUUGCCAUUCUCAUGCUACAGGAGAAGAGACUAGGAUUUGGGAAGGUAAAAACCCUUGUUUGAAGUUAUGUAGCUGUCCAUCAGUAAGAGUUAAACCCAAAGAUAAUAUCUAAGGUAUAAAACUUAAAAAACUCACUAAACUUUGAGGAAACCUCAUUUUUUCUGCAACCCCAAAUUCUUAGGAAAAAAGUAGCCUUCAGUGAACUCAAACUGGGGCUCUGUGACAACCUCAAGGGGUGGGAGGUGGGAGGGAG